AUGACUCUGCCCAAACUCAGUAGCGUUUCUGUCUCGUCCAGCCACGUUAGCGCUAAUUCCCACGGUUUCUCAAUACUAAGCAAACAUCCUCAUCCAAAUAAUCUUGUUCAUUCUCACUCGCUUUCUCACACGAACACUAAAGAAAAUGGUACGAGCAAGGACGAGAUAGAAUCACUCAAGAAAAAUAACCCGUCUUCUUGGGAUCCUAGUGACGAUAUUAAGCUUCGUCACUUGAAAGAAAUCAAGAACUUGGGUUGGAAGGAGAUAGCUCACCAUUUCCCGAAUCGAACCCCCAACGCUUGCCAAUUCAGAUGGAGAAGACUGAAAUCAGGGAACCUGAAAUCAAACAAAACGGCAGUUAUUGAUAUCAAUAAGUUAUUCGGCGUAUAUGCAACAGGUGACAGUGGCGCGGCUGCUGGUAUUUCUUCUGCAGAGGACACGAUGAAAGAGGAAGCUAUUGAGGACGAGGAUAUCACCUCAGGCUCUAGUGCUAUUGACGACUCCCCACCAGAUUUCAAACCACUAAUAAAACCUAAAUAUAUGGACCGGAAAUUGGUGACUCAAAGAGCUACGUCAACCUUCCUGGAUCAUGAGCCACAACACACAAAACCGAGGAAGCUGUUUGUAAAGCCGAGGUCAUUCUCUCAUUCUAUAACUAGCAAUACACCCAAUAUAAAGACUACUCCGCAAACAAAUGUGAGUCAUCAUAGCACAUCCUUAGCAAAGACAAAUAAAGCUGUCAAUUCCAGUGACUAUGAAAACAUCGGACUUGUGCCUAGAAUUAUUAUCAGAUCUAGAAGAAACUCGUUUAUUCCUUCAACUCAAAUUUCUCAUUCAACGACAAAGUCUAAGAAAAACUCUCACUCAGUGAUUUCUUCUAGAAGAUCAUCCUUCAACAUGAUGCAUCCACGAAGAUCAUCCUUCAACUCUCAUGCUCCUACGGAACCUAUUUCUAGAAGGGCUUCAAUGGUGGUCAGCCCGUAUUUGUCGCCCAGAAGAUUAUCGACAUCACAAUCCAUUCACCAUCACCCACAACAGCAAUACUGUCUUAACCCGACAGCUUCCUCUAACUCUAAGAUUGAGCAGUCUAAUGAUAAAUUGACCCACACGAGGACGUUCUUGGAUAUGCAAAAAUUUGUUAACAAACACCCGUGGUCUAGAGAAGAUGAUGAAGUUUUGCUCAAUAAUACGAAAGACAAACAGAACCAUUUGUCAACGCUUGAAAUUUCUAUUGUUCUACCAAAUAAUAGAUCCGAGCUAGAAAUUCAACAAAGGAUCGAUUACUUAAAAAGAAAAGGAUGCACAGGUGCCCUUCAUAGCUGCCAUGGCCUUGGAAACGAAGAAGAGGAAGACGUCGACCCACUAAACAAGGAUAAUGUCACUAAUAUAUCAUCCCAACAAUUGCAAAACCACGGUAGAUCAGAGCAUAGGCAUGGUAAUUCAAAGUCUGGUGAGGUUUCUCCUAUUACCAACGCGAAUGACAUACACAAUGAGCAAGAGGAGCUGCCUGGUAUCAACUCUAUUUUUAGAAGUAUUUUUUAG